ACGCUAAAAUAAGGGGGCAGGCACGACAAGGAAAACAGUAGUGACGUCGCGGACUCCCAUCAUUCAGCGGGGCACCAUGGCCGACACCAGGGAUAAGGGUCUGCAGGACUACAGGAAGAAACUACUCGAACAUAAAGAAAUUGACGGACGAUUAAAAGAGUUGAGGGAACAGCUAAGGGAACAAACAAAGCAGUACGAGAAAUCAGAGAACGAUCUGAAGGCACUCCAAAGUGUUGGUCAGAUUGUCGGCGAGGUUCUGAAACAGUUGACCGAGGAAAAAUUUAUUGUAAAGGCCACAAAUGGACCGCGAUAUGUUGUUGGAUGCCGCAGGCAGUUGGACAAAUCACAGCUGAAACCUGGUACAAGGGUGGCUUUGGACAUGACCACCCUCACUAUUAUGAGGUACCUGCCGCGUGAGGUGGACCCCUUGGUUUACAACAUGUCCCAUGAAGACCCUGGCAGUGUUUCCUACUCCGAGAUCGGAGGGCUGUCUGAACAGAUCAGAGAGCUGAGAGAGGUGAUCGAGCUUCCCCUGACCAACCCGGAGCUCUUCCUGAGGGUGGGCAUCAUCCCUCCCAAGGGCUGCCUUCUCUACGGACCUCCAGGUACUGGGAAGACACUUCUAGCCAGAGCAGUGGCCAGCCAGCUGGACUGCAACUUCCUCAAGGUGGUGUCCAGCUCCAUCGUGGAUAAGUACAUUGGGGAGAGCGCCAGACUCAUCAGAGAGAUGUUCAACUACGCCCGCGACCACCAGCCCUGCAUCAUCUUCAUGGACGAGAUUGACGCCAUCGGCGGGAGGCGUUUCUCUGAGGGGACCUCAGCUGACAGAGAGAUCCAGAGGACACUGAUGGAGCUGCUGAACCAGAUGGACGGCUUCGACACCCUCCACAGAGUGAAGAUGAUCAUGGCCACCAACCGCCCCGACACGCUGGACCCGGCCCUGCUGCGGCCCGGGCGCCUGGACCGCAAGAUCCAUAUCGAGCUUCCUAACGAACAAGCCCGCCUGGACAUCAUGAAGAUCCACUCUAGCCCCAUCACCAAGCACGGAGAGAUCGAUUACGAGGCCAUCGUGAAGCUGUCGGAUGGCUUCAACGGAGCCGAUCUGAGGAACGUGUGCACGGAAGCGGGUCUGUUCGCCAUCCGGGCCGACCGGGAGUACGUCACCCAGGAGGACUUCAUGAAGGCCGUCCGUAAGGUGGCCGACUCCAAGAAACUGGAGUCCAAGCUGGACUACAAACCCUUAUAAACGCCCCCCCCCCAGCCGUCUGCGUCUACGAAGAAACAAAAACACAGACCGGAAAACAACAAAGGCCAGGAGAGGGGUUUGAGCUGAGGUGUGGGGUAUCUCAGAAAUAAGCUCCCCUCUGGUGUGUUCUUUUUUUAUUUCUUUGGUUUUGUAUGUUUAUGUAAAGGAACGUUUAGCUAUCGUCAGAUUUCUUUGCAGUUGCCAACAGAGCGAGGGACACGCAUUGAGCGAUAUCUUUAAAUCCUCUUUCCAUUUCCUACGGAGUUUAACCCGACCUUCAUGUUCAGGCGGUAGUCAGGGACAAUUUCUGGCAUCUGUGAGAACACUUGUAUAAAAACAAAAAAGUUGAAUUACUGCAUUAAAAACAUGACAUAUAAAU